AGAGGGACGAGCUGGCUGGAUGAUGGCCCAGGGGACAGUGAUCCGUGUGGCCCCAGAGUGGCCCACCCGUGCUGUGUGUGUGCUGGGUACCUUGACUCAGCUCGAUGUCUGUAGCUCUGCCCCUGAUGACUGCACGUCCUUCAGCAUCAACGCUUCCCCAGGAGUGAUCAUAGAUGUUGCCUCUAGCCCUCCAGCCAAGAAGAAUCCCACAGGUUGCUCCAAAUGGCCCCUUGACCCUGAGCUGGAGAUAACUCUGAAAAUGAAAGCUGCCAGCAGUAGCACAGAUGACCAAAAGGUUCGGAUUUCAUACUAUGGACCCAAGACCCCACCAGUCCAAGCUAUGCUCUAUCUCACUGGAGUGGAAAUCUCCCUGUGUGCAGACACCAGCCGCACUGGCAAAGGGAAGCCUGCCAGAGCUGAGAAAGACCAGAGAACCUGGACCUGGGGCCCUGGGGGUCAAGGUGCCAUCCUGCUGGUGAACUGUGACAAAGACAACCCCAAAUCUUCCACCAUGGACUGUGAGGAUGAUAAGGUGUUUAAUAACAAAGACCUACAGGACAUGUCCUUGAUGACCCUGAGCACAAAGACCCCUGGGGACUUCUUCACCAAGCACCAGAUGGUGCUGCACGUGGACAAAUCAGUGAUGGACAAAGUGAGGGUGUUUCAGGCCACAGCAGGCAAGCCGCCCUCCAGGUACAAGAUGGUCCUGGGACCCAGGAAGUCCUCUCACCCCCUGCAGCUUAAAGGCGGCCAGCGCGACACAAACUUCUACGUGGAGGGCCUUGCUUUCCCAGAUGCCGACUUCCCAGGGCUCAUCUCCCUCACCGUCUCCCUGCUGGACACGUCCAACCUAGAAUCCCCCGAGACCUUGGUGUUCCAGGACAGCGUGGCCUUCCGCGUGGCCCCCUGGAUCAUGACGCCCAACACCCAGGCCCCACAGGAGGUGUUCGUGUGUAGGAUUUUGAACAAUGAGGACUUCCUGAAGUCAGUGAUUACGCUGGCCAAGAAAGCCAAGUGCAAGCUGACCAUCUGCCCAGAGGAGGAGAACCAGGAUGACCAGUGGAUGCAGGAUGAAAUGGAGAUCGGCUACAUCCAAGCCCCACACAAAACCCUGCCUGUGGUCUUUGACUCCCCGAGGAACAGAGGCCUGAAGGAGUUUCCCGUCAAACGUGUGAUGGGUCCGGACUUUGGCUACGUGACUCGAGGGCCCCAAACAGGGGAGAUCACAGGGCUCGACUCUUUUGGGAAUCUGGAAGUGAGCCCCCCAGUCACAGUUGGGGAGAAAGAGUACCCGCUGGGCAGGAUACUCAUUGGGAACAGCAGCUACCCUAGAGAUGACAGCCGGGAGAUGCACCAGGCCCUGCAGGACUUCCUCAAUGCCCAGCGCGUGCAGGCCCCAGUGAAACUCUAUUCCGACUGGCUGGAUGUGGGCCACGUGGACGAGUUCCUGAGCUUUGUUCCCGCACCCGACAGGAAGGGCUUCCGCUUGCUCCUGGCCAGCCCCAGGUCCUGCUACAAACUGUUCCAGGAGCUGCAGAAGGAGGGCCAUGGGGACGCCAUGCUGUUCGAAGGACUCACUAAAAGAAAACAGCAGAAGAUAAAGAACAUCCUGUCAAACAAGAUAUUGAGAGACCAUAACGCAUACGUGGAGAGCUGCCUCAGCUGGAACCGCGAGGUGCUGAAGCGGGAGCUGGGGCUGACAGAGCGUGACAUCGUGGACAUCCCGCAGCUCUUCAGGCUCCAGGGCAAUGUCAGAGAGGCCCGCAAGGCUUCAGCUUUUUUCCCAAACAUGGUGAAUAUGCUGGUGCUGGGGAACCACCUGGGCAUCCCCAAGCCCUUCGGGCCCAUCAUCAAUGGCCACUGCUGCCUGGAGAAGAAGGUGCGAUCCCUGCUGGAGCCACUGGGCCUCCACUGCACCUUCAUUGAUGACUUCACUCCCUACCACAUGCAGCACGGGGAGGUGCACUGUGGCACCAAUGUGCGCCGGAAGCCCUUCUCCUUCAAGUGGUGGAACAUGGUGCCCUGAGCCAGCGCCCCUGGCGUCCUGCCCCCUGGAAGCCUCCUGGCCAGAGGUUGCUGGUCCUCUGCAGUAUGGCACAGCAAAGGCUCUUAGGGAUAUUCCGGCUCCCCAAGGCAGCCACCCUCCCAGCAGCGUAUGCUUCCUUCUCUUCUGCCCCAGUCCCUGGAGUCCCUUCUUAGGCUACCAAGAUAGUCCAAGCGUUGUAAACUCAGUUCUGUUCUGAG